AUGGAGCCCAAGGAUAACAAUAGCGGUUCUGAAGGAACUGUGAGUAAUGAGACUCCUUCUGUGCCUCGUGCGUUAAUGAGGCAGCUAUCUAGAAAGGCCGGGCGUUGGUGGAUUGUGGUGAGUCUGCUUGAGAAGCAGAGAGUUGGUCCAUCGGGUAUGACAUGGGGCCACUUCAAGGAGGUAUUCUUCGAGAGAUACUUUUCGGUUUCCACUAGAGAUACGAAGGCCGAUGAUUUCUCGGGCCUGAUACAGGGGACUCUGACGGUGCAAAGGUACGCCUCCAGAUAUAUUGAGUUAUCUCGUUUGGCACCGUACUUAGUUUCGAAUGAGUACAAGAAGGCUCGAAGGUUUGAGAGGGGUCUGAGGAAAGACAUCCGCCGUCUUGUGGAGAUGCUGCAGAUUCGUGAGUUCUCCAUUUUGGUGGAUAAAGCCACAAUAGUUGAGACCAACCUUCAGGGAGAUGAAAGGGUGCAGGAUCAGAGGAAGAGGUUUGUAUCUUCUAGUUCUUAUAGUGGUCCUCAGCAGGGAUAG